AUGAUGAUGGGCUGGGAUAGUGUAAUGGAGAAUCAGCACGGGAAGCUCGUGAAUCAGGAGAAACUUUUGACGGAUGUUCUAGACCAGGUAAACACCCAAAAUAACGACAUAAAAAAGGACCUGGCUCAGGUACUCCACACCCAAACUGAAGUGAAGCUUACUUAUGCAGAAAAGUUAAAGCAGAAAACAUACGACCCAGUCAUUAUCGUGAAACCCAAAGACUCAUCCCAACUCUCGAAGCAAACUUUCACUACACUAAAGAAAAAUAUUAAUCCAGUUACGAGAGAAGUUACCGGAAUGAAAACCCUUCGACGUGGAGCCAUCGUCGUGGAAUGUAAAACUAAGGAGGCAGCGGCGAAACUAAAGGAAGAGGCAGAAUCGAAGCUGGGAGAUGAGUACAUUCUCUCAAUUCCGAAACGUAAAUUGCCAAAGAUUAAGAUCGUGGGACUGAAUGACAAGAUUGCAAGUGCACAAAUGAAAGAGAUGAUCUUAGCGCAGAAUCAAUUCCUUGGAGAAAAUGCCUACAUUAAUAUCGUCCACAUAGCUGAGGACAACAGAAACCCAAACAGGUAUAUUGCGUACGCGGAGGUCGAUGGCAACAGUUACCAAAAAAUUUUGAAAGAACAAAAGCUUAACAUAGGAUGGGACCGGUGCCGGAUUUAUGACGCAGUUACUACCAGGAGAUGUUACAAAUGCAAUAACUUUGGCCAUAAGGCAGCGGACUGCACCAAAGCAACGACCUGCCCCAAAUGCGCGGGGGACCACGAACUAACUAGCUGCAAAGCCACCGAUGACGAAAUGAAAUGCUGUAAUUGUGCGUAUGCAGUAGACACACUUAAAAUGAAGCUCGACGUCCAGCAUCCAGCGUGGUCCAAUGAAUGUCCAGUCUACAGAAAACGCUUAGAACAAGAAAUAAGCAGGAUUGAUUUUUUAGGACAGCCGCAACAUUAG